UAUGAGGAGUCAAAGCACCCUUGUCGACCAUUAAUGCUCUGGCGUUUGGCAGGCAGUCUGCCAAGAAUGUGCCACUGCUGGCAAAAGCCAGCAGCGGCAUGGCAAGACCAGCUUGUUCACUGCCAGUGGAUGACAAGGACUGCAUGUUUGUACGAGAAUGUGCCGCCACUGGCGAACACCAGCGUGGCCAGCCCAGCUAGUGCACUGCCAGAGGGUGACAAGGGCCGCAUGUCGCGCCUGUUUACGUGCUGUGCUGGGGAGUUGGACGAGAAUUUGCCGCCACUGGCGAACACCAGCGUGGCCAGCCCAGCUAGUGCACUGCCAGAGGAUGAAAAGGGCCGCAUGUCGCGCCUGUCGACGUGCUCUGCUGGGGAGUUGGACGAGAAUGUGCCGCCACUGGCGAACACCAGCGUGGCCAGCCCAGCUAGUGCACUGCCAGAGGAUGACAAGGGCCGCAUAUCGCGCCUGUCUACCUGCUGUACUGGGCAGUUUGAAAAGAAUGUGCCGCCACUGGCGAACACCAGUGUGGCCAGCCCAGCUAGUGCACUGCCAGUGAAUGACAAGGGCCGCAUGUCGCGCCUGUCUACCUGCUCUGCUGGGCUGUUGGACAAGAAUGUGCCGCCACUGGCGAACACCAGCGUGGCCAGCGAGCUAGUGCACUGAUAGUGGAUGACAAGGGCCGCAUGUCACCCCAGUGGACUAUGAAUUCUCAGGCAGUUGCUAGACACUCUGUCAAGAAUGUGCCGCUGCUGGUGAAAGCCGGUGACAGUGGAAAGCCCAGCUGGAGGACUGCCUCUGGCGGAAAAAGGGUCAGUGUGUAAGUAUAACGUUUGCAGAAUGUUCGUUCGCAUCAACCAGAUUUGACUGAAGACUGUUUUUUCGCUUCUUUUUCUUGAUGAAAUCUCAUGUGCACUGGCCAGCGCUCCUGUCUACGGGACAUGCUGGGACGGUUGCUGGGCAGUCCGAUGACUAUAUGCCACCACUGGCUGACAGCAUGGUUGAUGGGGCAGGCCUUUCACGCCUUCGUGACAGUUUUCACAUCAAACUCCAAGAUGCCAGACAACCUAAGCGGA